AUGAUUCUUGUUUUAGUGUGUUUGUCUAGUUCGUUGAGUGAUUUGGAUCCAUUGGUUACACAAGAGAUGGUUGAUGCGAUAAACAACAAUCCAAAUGCACCAUUCAAAGCAACUCUUUACCCAAAGUUCGCAAAGAUGAAAGUUGGAGAUGCCAAACGAUUUUUGUCACCAGUUCGACCUCCACAACAUCAUCAUGGCUCUGCUGUUCCAGUUGGUGCCAACGAAUAUUUUUUCAACUUUGUUGAUCGAAACUAUAUCACAGGAUUAACAAACGUUGCAGCAUUUCCUAACCUUCGAAAUGCUUCAAAUCAAAACGAUACAUAUGUCAACCCUGGUCGAUCAAUCAGACCAAAUGCAGAAAGAGUGAAAUUUCCAGUUUUUGAUGUCACAGCAUUGUGUAGUUCUUGGGCACCAGCAGUGACAUCAGCAAUGACGAUUUCAGUAUCCCGUUGGGCAGGUGACUUUGUCAACUUUUCUCUUCAGUUUGUUCUUGACUGUGAUAUUCUUGGUGACUCAUGUGUUGAACGAACUCCUCUGAACGCAUAUCAACUUUUCUAG